AGAGAGAGAGAGAUGUGCAGGCAUUACAGUUUUGAUUGUCUGGGUCCAGGCCCAAGUGCUCUGUGUUAGUGAUAGUAAGAGAAAAGCUUAGAGACAAACGAGAGUAUGGAGACCACCUUGGGCCUCAUGAUUUUGUUCAUGAUCCUCUGCAAUAUGUCUGUCUCUGCUGCACUGCACUGGAGGAAAGUACUGUACCCAUCUGCCUUUAGAGUGAAGAGAGGAACUCCAGAAUUGGUGAACCCCUUAAUUCAGAGAUCGGUGGAGGACACAAACCUGCUCUAUGAGGUGAUGUGGUCAGGGCUGUAUGUUGAAGCAGAGAAAAGUGUGCUUCGCGUGGCAGAUGAGGAACUUGCUUCUCUUCGGAGACUGCAGCCUCUGGAGGUAGUGUGUGAGGAUGUUCUCCCAAGGGCGCUCUCAGAUAUCCGUCGCCUCUGCCAUAAUCUGGAACAGCACCAGGCUCAUCUGAGCAAGGAGGACUUUGAGCGGACUGUGCUUACUAUGGUGUACACAGCUCAGAAACUAGCACAGAGCAAUGUGGGCCAUCAGAGGGAUCUGUGGGCUGAUGCACUGCUUCAGCUGUAUAAAAGCAUUAAAAAAGAUCUGGGAGCAAAGUGAUAACACUCUCGAAGCAGCACAGUAGUAAACAAUGUACAGAAUUAUAUGUCAAAAUAAUAUACAAAAUAGUAUACCAGUAUACUCCUGUACAUUGUACUCCUGUACACUGGUACUAUACAUUGUGUACCAGUCUAGUAACUAAAUCUGUAAAAGUUAAUAGUGGGACAUUUUGUCUCCAGCUUUAUUGCUUACUGACUGGUUCAGAACUCAAAAAGCAAAAUGUUACAAGUUUAAAUAUAGAUUGGGGGGGGGGGCAGGCUUAACUGUGCAUCAUCAAGCUUUGAGGGAGCAUCAGCUGAAAAAAGCCAACAAUGCUUAAUCUAUACUCAUCCGCCACAUUAAUAGGAACCUGCACAAUGUAAAACAUUGUUUUCACAAAUAUUUUUUCUUAAACAAAAUGAGAAAGUAAGUGUGCUUGUGAUAAUUACCCAAAAAGUAUGACACCAUGUCCUUUCCCCUUACGAAAAUCUACCAUGGUUUACUAUGGUUUUACCAUGGUUUUUAUGUAGUAACCAUGAUUCUACCAUGGUAUCUCAUGGUUAUUCUAAGUACUAUGAACCAACCAUAGUAUUACUAUGGUUCAUCCAUGGUAGUAACCAUGGUUCUACUAUGGUAUUUCAUGGUGAU